AUGUUAAUAGCAGGUGAUGACUUGACACUCAUACAAGACACUAAAGACAAGCUGCAACAAGCUUUCAAGAUCAAAGACUUGGGACCCUUAAAGUUCUUCUUAGGAAUGGAAUUCAGCAGGUCCAAGGAAGGGAUUAUCAUGAACCAAAGAAAGUAUGCCAUGGAGCUAAUCAGUGAUAUGGGAAUAAGUGGGGCAAAGCCAGCAAGUACUCCUCUAGAUCUCAAUCAGAAAUUGACAAUAAAGGAGUAUGAUGAUAUUAGUGGUGUAUUUGGAGAUGAUGAACUUACUGACAAGGAGAGUUAUCAGAAGCUCAUAGGGAAACUCCUUUAUUUAACUCUUACAAGGCCAGAUAUCUGCUAUGGAGUCCAGACAUUGAGCCAAUUUAUGCAAAGGCCCAAAAAAUCCCACAUGGAAGCAGGAUUGAGGAUAGUGAGAUAUAUUAAAAAUCAGCCUGGACUUGGCAUUUUAUUGAGCAACAGGAAAUCUGAACAUAUGCAGGCUUAUUGUGAUGCAGAUUGGGGGGCAUGUCCUAAUACGAGAAAAUCUGUUACAGGAUUUUUGGUAAAACAUGGAGAUAGCUUGAUAUCUUGGAAAUCCAAGAAACAGUCAACUGUAUCUAGGAGUUCAGCUGAAUCAGAAUACAGAAGCAUGGCUACGACUGUCUCAGAAAUUGUGUGGAUCACAGGGUUGUUUAAAGAGCUUGGCCAGAAAAUUGUAUUGCCAGUUCAUUUAUUCUGUGAUAGCAAGGCAGCACUACAAAUUGCUACAAAUCCAAAAGAUACCACGAGAGGACAAAACACAUAG